AUGCCGACAAUUGCAUUUAAAGCUAGCACUCAAGAACAGAACACCAACAUCGUUCGUUUUCUUUUCAGCCGAUUCAGUAGCUCCAAUCUUAACAACUCGUCAUCCUCAAGGUGUAUCGGAGCUGACCUUGUGAUGAAAUUGUUGGGAAAUUAUUGUCGUAACAAAGAUAUCAAGACCAGCAUUCGCGUAGGAGUAGUCGGUUUUCCAAAUGUUGGCAAGAGCAGUGUAAUAAACAGUCUUAAAAGAAAACGUGCAUGCAAUGUGGGCGCUUUGCCUGGUAUCACAAAAGAAAUUCAAGAAAUCGAAUUGGACAAACACAUUCGACUCAUUGAUUCUCCUGGAGUGGUUUUACUAAGUGCAAAGGAUCUCGAUCCCGUGGAGGUAGCCCUAAGAAAUGCGAUUCGUGUUGAUAACCUAAUGGAUCCCAUCGCUCCUGUGAUCGCAAUAUUGAGAAGAUGCUCCAAAGAGACGCUGAUGUUGCAUUAUUCGAUUCCCGAAUUCAACUCUACUGAGCAGUUUCUUGCUCUGGUGGCACGAAAACUGGGAAGACUCAAGAAAGGAGCUCGGCCUGACACGAAUGCUGCUGCUAAACACGUG